AUGUCGUCGAUCCGCGUCCCCCUCGACCACGGCGACCUGUCGGCGCUCCUGCCGCCGUCGUGGACGGAGCAGGUCGCCGCAUGGCUUGCCGAAGACACCCCGUCGUUCGAUUACGGCGGAUUUGUGGUCGGCGAUGUCGCGCGCACAGCCACGCUCUGGGCCAAGAGCCCCGGCAUCGUUGCCGGCGUUCCCUUUGUCAACGAGAUCUUCAAGCGCUGCGGCUGCACCAUUGAGUGGAAGGUCGAGGAGGGUGCCCAGGUCGGGUCGCCCGACGACAACGGCGGCAAGACGGCCUGUGCGGUUGUGUCGGGUCCGGCGCGCGGCUUGCUGCUGGCCGAGCGCGUGGGGCUCAAUGUGCUCGCGCGCUGCGCCGGGAUCGCGACGCGCACACAUGCUGUCCUGACGGCGCUGCGCAAGGCCGGCUAUACGGGCCUGCUGGCGGGCACGCGCAAGACGACGCCCGGGUUCCGGCUGGUGGAGAAGUACGGCAUGCUCGUGGGCGGCGCGGACAUGCACCGCGUGGACCUGAGCGCCAUGGUGAUGCUCAAGGACAACCACGUGUGGUCGCGGGGCAGCAUCACAGAUGCGGUGGCGGCGGCCAAGAGCGUGGCUGGGUUUGCGCUCAAGAUUGAGGUGGAGGUGCAGUCCGAGGACGAGGCGGACGAGGCGCUGGCGGCAGGCGCAGACGUGGUGAUGCUGGACAACUUUACAGGCGACGGUGUCAAGGUGGCGGCGGCCAGUCUUCGGCAGCGGUGGGCGGCCAAGGGCCACUCGGCCUUUUUGAUUGAGGUGUCGGGCGGCCUGACGGCCGACAACAUUGACGCCUACGUGUGCAAUGACGUCGACAUCAUUUCGACAAGCUACAUCCACCAGGGUGUUCCACACGUCGACUUUUCGCUCAAGAUCAACCACUAG